GACGUAACAAAAUGCGACUGGCGCUGCUUCAUUGAAAUGUUUCAUAAUGACUUCUUUAACGUGAUACUUUAGAAUAACGCUGCUUCGGGACCUCUUCAGAGUGGGACGGGCACAGAGUAAAGUGAUUUUCUUCAGUCAGUCCUCAGUGAUGGCGGCUCCAUUACCUCCAAAGCCUGGUCUGCCUGGGAUGCCCCCUCAGACGCAGCAGCCCUUGCCCCUUGGAGCCACAGCUGCCCCGGGGCAGCAGCCUCAGCCUGGCACCAUGAGGGAGAUCUCCCCCGUGUUUCUAUGUCGCAUCGGACAAGAGACGGUCCAGGACAUUGUCACAAGGACCAUGGAGAUAUUUCAGAUCUCACGUGCCACACAGCUUCCCAAUGGAGUGACCCAGAGCCAGGCCAUGUACCAGGACCGCUUUGGGAAGCUGCAGGAGCAUCUGAGACAGCUGGCUCUGCUCUUCAGAAAACUCAGACUGUUGUACGAACGCUGUGUAGAGAUGACCUCGGACCUGCAGGAGGCGCCAGCGGAGCUUGUUCCGUACGUGGGAGAGGAGCUGAUGUCCGUCAAAGUCGAGUCCUGUAGUCCGGCCAUUAUCCAAGAAAGGAAAGAAGUGAUGGAAAAAGUGCGUCAGAAAAACCAGGAGAUGAAGAUUCUGAUGGACCAGAUGAGGAACCUGCUGUGGGACGUCAACGCCAUGUUAACGCUGCGGAAAUAAUAACCUCAAACUUUAUUUAAACUAAACAAAACAGACUUUUUCAGAUUAUGGGGAAAGAGGCAUUUGCUGAUAUUCUUGUUUUAAAGUAGACCUAUUAUGCAAAAUCGAUUUUUUUUCAGAGCUUUUAAUUAUGUUAUAGUCGUUUCCUGUUUUCAUUGAUUUGUUGUUUUUGGAGUGAUUCGUGCAUGUGUCGAGUUUUCUAACACAGAAGUUAACAGACAGUUUUUUGUUUUGUUUUUUAUUAUUAUUACGUCGUUUGAGAUCAAUAUUGUGAUUUAAAAUGUGCAAAUUAUGCGCAGACACAAUGAUCCACGGGUGUCAUAGAUUAUAACUCUAUGGCAGACACAGGCACAAUAGGUCUCCUUUAAUACAAUUGAGUUUAUUGAAAUUAUAGAGGGGUUUAUCAGUAAUGAGGAGGAGUUUCCAUGGAGGAUUACUGUAUAGGUUAUGCUGGGAGUUAUAAAUGAGUUCUGGAUAAUGGUGAAAGCUCAUAUUUAGGUAAUGGACUGUAAGUAGUAUCUUAACUUUUUUGAAAAGUUGAGCUGGGUGUGUCUUUUUCUUUCAUCUUUAUUAUAGUCCAUUUAUUUGUUUAAUUUGAAUGCACUGAAUUCUGCGCUGAAAGAUGCCAAACUCCAAUCCUUUAAACUAGAAACUCACUUUUCAAAAAUGCCAAGUAGUUUUUGAAGAUUCUCUUUCAUUUUAUUCCAACAACUUCAAAAUGGAUUUUUAUUUUUGAAUCAACCACGGUAUUUUUUUACCAUUGCUAUUGACAACGGGGUGAAUUUAAGACGUACAUUUGAACAUUGUUUCACUUUUUACACAUUUAAUCACCCCAGGAAAAUCUUUUUGUACUUGGCAGCUGACAACUUGAUGUCUACUUAACCUGUUAGCAUCUUUUGCAUAUUGUGAAUUUGUCAGUUUUGCCUCAGGUUAGUUACGCAUCUUUAUAUUCACAGUAUUGAAUCUGAAAAAUGGUGUUCUCUUUUUAUCAAACGGGGAUCUCAUUGCUGUGUUUUCAAUGGGAAUAAUUGCUCUUAAUACACCCCUAUAGACUCGUAUUGUGUUUGAAUCUCAGGUGCCUGCUUCAUGUUAAGUGACUGUGCAUGUAGUUGAAUGGUUUUCUAAUACAACGCACCUGUUUGCCCUUGGGACUUUAAAAAACUGACUGUAAACAUAUUUUUGUAAACUUUGGGACUAAGGGUUUUUGCUGGGUUACCUCAUAUUUUGUACAGGCGAUCAGUUUUCUAAUAAAAUGUGUAAAUGGUUAAUUUG